AUGGCUGAAGCUGGGGAGCCGAUUCUUGGAAGUCUGUAUGUUUACGCUCCGAACAAAGGGGCUCCAAUCUUCUUCGCUAUUGCAUACGCCUUGUCGACAGGUUUCCAUAUUUGGCAAUGCAUUCGGUACAAGGCUUUCAAACUUGUUGGGUUGCAUUCCAUUUGCGCUCUUCUGUUCACUCUUGGCUACGCCCUGCGCGCAUACGGCGCCUUCAACAACAAUUACUUGUACAGUGAGACUGACCAAACGCCUUUGAUCAUGUUCAUUCUCAGUCAGGUCUUUAUAUUUAUCUGCCCGCCCCUACUCGAGCUCGCAAACUACCAUAUCCUCGGCCGAACCUUUUAUUAUGUGCCAUACAUUGCCCCACUCCCUCCCGGUCGCGUGUUGGCAACCUUUGGCGGCCUCAUGGCUGUCGUCGAGACCUUGAAUGCCCUCGGCGUGGCGCUUUCCGCCAACGCGGCAUCGACCGAGACAGUACAAACGCUAGGAGCAAACAUGACCGUCGCCGCCCUCUCCAUUCAAUUUUUUGUCAUCCUUACUUUUUACUGCAUGGCCGGCAUGUUUCACUGGCGUUGCAUCAAGGCUGGUUUGCACACGACGGCUAUCAGGACUAUACUGGAUACGCUGUACGCCAGCAUGUUCCUGAUCCUGGCUCGUUGCAUUUAUAGAAUGGUGGAGCACACUACGGGCAGUACCAAUAUCGACCUCGACAAUAUUGAAGUGCUUCAGAGAUUAAGCCCUGUACUUCGAUACGAGGUCUUUUUCUACAUUUUUGAGGCCACAUUUAUGCUCUUCAACUCUAUUCUGUGGAACAUUUGGCACCCAGGCCGCUUUUUACCACGGGAGCACCACAUUUACCUGGCGCAGGACGGAUCCGAGGUCCAGGGACAGGAGGACAUGGACGAUCGGCCCCUAAUUGUCAAGACGGCAAACGUCUUGACAUUUGGGCUUCUAUUCAGGCGCAAGAGAAAUGUUCUUCAGAUCCCCGAGACCCAAGAACUUGGAGACAUGCAGAGUGCGAACAGAGCCUAA